UGCAAUUCAGCCUGACAGAUGCUCAUUUUCCCUCGGCGGAAGGAUAACGUAUGUACCCCAUAUGCACCGCGGCAGAACAGCAGCACUGCCUGCUCCCAUCCCCUUUCCCUGCCAUCACUGCAGGCAGAACUUCAGAGACGUGAGUUCUCACAGUUUAUAAACGGGCGGGCUGUGUUGCCAAAGCCCCUGUCUGCAGGGCUGUCUGGUGGACUGGGUGAUGUUUCUCUGCAAGUGCCUGACCUGAUGGAUGCUCCUUGUGCCCAAGCUGCCCAUCUUUUGUCACCAAGCCUGUCACUGGCUCUGCGUGCAUUCAGACUGCUGUGGGAUUCAGGCACCCUUCAGCCGUGGGCUCCUGUGCCUUCAGAUGCUUCUGGCUGCAGCUGGCAGUCAGGCAAGCACAUCGUUGCUCCUCGCUUUAAAAAUACGUCACAGGUACCAAACCAAAGAUGUCCUGGACAAGAAAGAUUCUACUCGUCCUGGGAUUCCUCUCUACUUUGGCUGCAAUUGCUUUAAUUACUGUAGCAGUGACCCAAAACCAGCCACUUCCGAAGAAUACUAAGUAUGGGAUCGUGCUGGACGCAGGGUCAUCCCACACUAACCUGUACGUGUACGAGUGGCCAGCGGAGAAGGAGAACGACACCGGGGUGGUGCAGCAGGUGGAGGUGUGUAAAGUCGAAGGCCCUGGGAUCUCAGGUUACUCACAUGACACGGAGAACGCAGGCCACUCUCUGCAACAGUGUCUCCGACAAGCACAGGGUGUGAUUCCCUCAAAGCAGCACCAGGAGACCCCCGUCUACCUCGGAGCAACUGCCGGCAUGCGGCUCCUCAGCUUGGAGAAUAAAAAUGCAGCUGACAAAGUCUUGUCCUCAGUAGAGAAGACGCUGCGGUCAGCUCCCUUCAACUUCCAGGGUGCCAGAAUCAUCAGCGGUCAGGAAGAAGGAGCCUAUGGAUGGAUCACCAUUAACUACCUGCUGGGUAACUUCAAGCAGUCUGGCUGGACAAAACUUCUACAUUCCCUGAAAUCCGUAAGUGAGACAUCGGGAGCAUUAGACCUUGGAGGAGCUUCAACACAGAUUACUUUUGUACCAGAUGAAAGCCCUUCUGAGUCCCCAGAGAACCUGCUGUAUUUCCGCCUCUAUGGCAAAGAUUACCGAGUGUACACGCACAGCUUCCUCUGCUACGGGAAGGACCAGGCUCUGCAACAGAAACUGGCCAGGGACCUACAGAGCACAGAGAGCAGCAGCAUCCUUGAUCCAUGCUUUCACCAAGGGUAUCAGAGAACUAUAAAUAUCAGUGACCUCUUCAAAAACCCUUGUACUUCAGUCGAGAAAAAGCAAUUUCCUUUCAGCGAGCUGUACGUUGUGGGAGAGGGGAAUUAUGAAAAGUGUCGAAGAAGCAUCCAGAAUCUCUUUAACAAAACCAGCUGUCCUUACUCCAGCUGCUCCUUCAAUGGGAUAUACCUACCUCCGUUACAGGGGGACUUCGGGGCUUUUUCUGCUUUCUACUUUGUGAUGAACUUCUUGAACCUGACAAACGAAAACCCCUUUGCCCUGGACAAAGUGGCCAGUGCUGUUCAGAGCUUCUGCGCCCGGCCGUGGCACGAGGUAAAGCAAGCAUAUCACCAGAUAAAAGAGAAGUACCUGAGUGAAUAUUGCUUCUCUGGGGCCUACAUCCUCUCUCUCCUGGAAAAUGGCUAUGAAUUCACUAAAGAGAACUGGCAAAGGAUCCACUUCCUUGGAAAGAUCGGCAGCAGCGAUGCAGGCUGGACCCUGGGCUACAUGCUGAACCUGACCAACAUGAUCCCUGCGGAGGAGCCCGCUGCACCCCCUCUUUCCCACGGCAGCUACGUGGGGCUGAUGGUGCUGUGCUCCCUCGUGCUGGUAUCCGUGCUCGUGCUUGCCUGGCUUCUCUUCCACAAGCCCAAGUGCCUGCAGAAGGGGAUUGUUUAGGAAGAGCCGUGCAGGGAGAGGGGCCGUGUCACCCCAGCCGCUCAGGGCCAGGAGUCUGCUGCAGGGCAGGCUGUACCACAGAGCCCUUCUUGCUGAAGCUACUGACUGUGUACAACAAGGGCAUUUAUCUCUUUUGACUCUCACUUGCACUGACAGACGUCGGGGCACCAGGCUCACCACCUCCCUCUGCCAAGGACUGACAAGCAGGUGUCCUCUUCUUGAAUGGGUCGUACCUUCAUUCACUGAAACUCUGCUGCUUGUUGGUUUUUUGCCUUGUACACAGCAUUAUAAAGAGAAAAGCAGCAGCAAUCUUUGGGAGCCAGUGCUCCUGCAAGGGUUAUCUCAGGGUCCCACAUGCCACUGAGCUCUUGGGAGUGCUCGCACACAGGGUGAUCCGGCUCCUCCUCUGCUGAAGCUGUUCCCAUUCCCCAGAGCCCUUCCAGCAGGGAAACUGCACCAGCACACCUCUGCUGGGUAUGGUCACCUGUAGCCUGCUGGUCCCCAAAGGCUGGCCAUGCUCCCAAAUGUCACUCUGAAACAAGAAGGGAUGAGGAUGAAGAAACUGAAUGUGCUGGCGGUCAUCAGUCCUUAGCUGGGCUCUGGAGCGACCUGCUCCUUUCACAGGUGGCAAGAAGCCUCUUUCCCACGUCUUCCUGAUGUUGUUGCUGGACCAAAGCUGGCUCGCUGUUAUGCUGAGCCGUUCCCAUGUCCCUAGGGUGACUGUGCAUCGAGACGCGAGUUCCCAGACAGGCAUUGCUGAUUUUUUUGUGGGAAGAGCUCAUACUGGCCACGGAUCCUUGACCAGUAGUGAGCACUUAUGCCUGCAGGGACUCUGUUCUGAUUAGCAUGCCUACAGGUAGAUAUCCACUAAAGCAAUCCAGUGUCACUGUGCUGAUCAUACAGCAGUCUCUGACCCAGGGAAAAUGUUUGUCGGGACAUGUUCCUUUAUAAAAAGACAGCUGGCAGCAGUUAGCCAGCAUGGGCACACACAGAUAGAGCCACUCUUUCCAUCAGCAAAAUCAGUGAAAAUUUGCUUUUCCUUCCCUCAUGAGCUAGACUUACCCCAAAACCAUAAGACCCAGGGUCUGCAAGUGCACAUACUGCAGCCCAUCUUCUAGCAUGCAGCUAGGGGGGUGCCACUGAUCAGAAUUAUGAAUCUUUCUUCUAUUUCCCAUUCCUUGGUCAUAAAAGAGAGGUAAGUCAGAAAUCCAUUUUUAUAACACUUGGAAACCACUGGUGCCUGUUUACCUCCCAAGAAAUCUCAGAAAUCUCUUCUUCUAAUGACAUGUAUGUGCUGGAGGCAAAAAGCAGGUAUUGCGGGGAGAAAGGCACGGCACACAGACACCUUCAUGUGUUUCCCCAAGCAAAGAUGCAAAAGGUACAGGGGAGAAUGUGCAACCUGGAUGAAGCCUUCUCUUUUGGGCAAGCACAGACUUAGAGCUCAGGGCUUUCGUGCUCUCCCAGCUUGUCCCUCUGCCCAGUGCAGGCUGGAAAAUGUCCCCCAGUUAUUUCUACUUCAUGCCUGGAAGUAGGAACCAUAACAUUGAAGGACCUAAAGGUAAGGGGAAAAUCUAUCCUGUCUUAUGGUAAGAUGUUUGGGCAGUUCACUCUUCUUCCAAAAAUCUGUCUUAUUUUUACUCUGAAUUAGCUGGCUUCAGCUUCUUAUGAAUCUUGAUCUGCCCAUUUCAGAACGACUGAAUAACUCUGCUAUCAAAAUCCCUUUUUCUUUGUUGGUGCUUGCAAGUCGUCAUUGUAUCACAUUAAAUAGAUUGACCUUCAA